AUGAAGUUCAACCUCGCUCUUGCCCUCUCGCUCACCGUGGCGACCGCCGAGGCAGCUACUGAACUCUGCAAGCAAUGGGAUUCGAUCAUCGAGGGCAACUUUAUCGUGUACAACAACCUCUGGGGCCAGGGUAACGCCGAUGAUGGUGGUCACCAGUGCACGACUGUUAAGUCCAUCUCAGGAGACACUGUUGUUUGGAGCACCGAGUGGGCGUGGUCCGGCGGCCCAGGUCAGGUUAAGAGCUACGCCAACGCCGCUCUGCAGUUCACCCCGACGACCCUGAGCAGCGUCAGCAGCAUCGACUCGACCUGGAAGUGGAGAGACAGCUACACCGGCUCCGAUAUCGUCGCCAAUGUCGCAUACGACAUGUUCCUCAGCUCUUCCGCUACCGGCAGCGAGGAGUAUGAGAUCAUGGUCUGGCUGGCCGCUCUGGGCGGUGCUGGACCUAUUUCCUCGACGGGCUCGCCCAUCGCUACGCCCACGAUUAACGGGGUCCAGUGGGACCUGUACCUGGGCCCGAACGGCGCAAUGCAGGUAUACAGUUUCGUGGCACCAUCAUCGACAGAAAAUUUUGCUGGUGACAUGAAGGGCUUUAUCGACUACCUGACGAGCGAGCAGGGUCUGUCGAAAGACCUGUAUCUACUGGAUGUGCAGGCCGGAACUGAGCCAUUCAGCGGAAGUGAUGCGGUGCUGACGGUAUCGGAGUACUCAGUCAAUCUUGCUUAG